CGCUGCUGCUGCUGUCGUCAGCCUGCAGCAUCAGAAAAUAGGAGGCUAAAAACAGACUCAUUUAUCCCGGGGUGAAGAUGGUGGCUAAACAGAGGAUCCGCAUGGCCAACGAGAAACACAGCAAGAACAUCACCCAGAGAGGAAACGUCGCCAAGACGCUGCGGCCACAAGAGGAGAAGUAUCCUGUGGGUCCCUGGCUCCUUGCCCUCUUUGUAUUUGUUGUGUGUGGAUCAGCCAUAUUUCAGAUUAUCCAGAGCAUCCGUAUGGGGAUGUGAUUCAGAAGAAGACUCUGGACCCCUGUCCUGUACCCCACACCCCUCCAUCCUCCUCAUGCCCUCACUGAGCCUGGCUAGCCCUCACCUGCGCACUCACGACCCCCCUCCAGAGGUCCAGAGACAAAUGCCAGUCCUUGGGGAGAGAAGCAUCCCCAAGCAGAGCCUCCACCAUCCCCUGAAGCUACCCCAAAGGACAUCAUCCUGCCCCUGAUCAGUGUUUACAGUGUUGCAGUCUGUGGUACUGACAGCUUUUCUAUGGACAGUCUAAAACCACACCGGCUGGAGAACAUGUUUCAUUUUUCGUGUGUGUGAGUGAAGGUGUGAGACUGUGCGGCCAGUGAUUCCUGCUAACGAUGUGCCAUACCUGUGUAAUUCACUGUCUGUCUAUGCUGUAUGGGAAGAAUGUUUUUUCA